AUGUCUAAUUGGAGUUCCGAUCAAGAAGUUGAUGAUAUUGUAGAGGAUGAAGUUGAUAGUAUAGUGCAGGAUAUCCAAUACAACUACACUCACCCAGAUGUACCAUCAGCUCCAAUUAUCCGAAGAGUCCACAUUAAUAGAGACCACGAAGAAGGUCACGCUCGGCUAUGGAAUGAUUAUUUUAGUGAUAAUCCGACUUACACUCAAGCUAUGUUCCGUCGUCGUUUUAGAAUGAACAAACCAUUGUUUAUUCGUAUUGUUAAUGCUAUUGAGAAUGGAGUCCCAUACUUCAGAAAAAGGCGAGAUGCUACUGGAAGGCUCGGCCUUUCUGCACUUCAAAAAUGUAUGUCGGCUAUUCGUAUCAUGGCGUACGGAUGUUCAGCAGAUGCGGUGGAUGAAUAUUUACGACUCACUGAAACAACCGCCCACAAAUGCCUUCUACAUUUUGUUGAGGGAGUUAUAAAUCUGUUUGGAGACGAGUAUCUCAGAAGACCUACAGCUGAAGACCUCCAAUGA